AAAUGGAAAAAAAUGUAAUAUAUAUAUACAAUUUCUUUUAGUUCAAAAUUACUAAAUUCAAUUUGGUAGAAGUUUAUGAAAUUGGAAUGCAUAAUUCUUAAAAAUAUCUGAUAAUCUGUUGAAAAUUCAUGUUUUUAUUUCUGACAGUGAAGUUGCUGCUAUAAAGGUGUAUAAGGGCACCUGACUGUCAAACUGCUUGAAUAAGAACAAAUUUCAAACACUCUGGGAAAAGUAAAUAUAACAGUGUAAUAUAAAAAAGAAAAUCCGUUAUUGUGCACUAUAUUUCUGCAUUGCUGAAGAAACUUGUGUAAAAUGAAGUAAAAUAACAGAUUGAGUUGAUUUAAAAUGUUUAACUUUUAUUGAUUUAAAAUUGAGUUAGUGGGAUUUUACAUAUCGAUCAGAAUCACAAAACAGAACAUUGACAGUUACUGGAUUUUAUACGUAUUCUUUUAUAUGGCUUAGGAUGUUUAGAUGAUAUUACAACAUAAGUCAUAUUCAGUCAAUCUUAUUAAUCACGGGCCAUAUAGUUUUAUUGUGUUCAGAAGUCUUAAUUAAAUUAUCCUGUGUGUGAGAGAGAGAGUGUAUGUCUUAUAACUGUUAUUAUCAUCGCCAUGAACCACGUUUAUCCAUCUCUGUCUGAUAUUAUUGAGAGUCUGGUAAUCUGUAACUACACAUGCUAAAAGAGUACAUUUAGAGAGUUUAACAAAAAAUAAAAAGUGUCAUCAAAGAGAGCUGUGAUUAACUGCCAACGGGGUUACUUGAUAACAUGUUUUGAGAGAGAAUAACCACGAGAUGGAGACAUUGUCAAAUAUGCAUUAACUCUAGAAGAUCCUGUGACAGGGAGUUCACCUUUGAAUUACUCACUUUAAAAAUCAUUGCUAAAUGAGUAACAAGCGCAUGCAAAUGAGCUGCCUAAUUUAUUAUUAAAGCAAUAUUUUAUUUUACUAUUUUUUAUGUGUUGUUUGAAGAUGCAGCUUUGUUGUUGGUUUUUCUUUCCGUGAUUUAGUCCAUAUUUUGCAUUUGUUAUUAAAUUACAAUUCUGCUAUCAAUACAGGAUCGCCUCUUUCUCAAGAGGUCUGUGGCUGCUGUGGGGGGAAAUAAAGACAAAUACCGUUUUAAAUUGUGGCUUAGAGGUGUAUGUUUAUUUGUUUAGAAUAUUUAAAGGUAUAAUUCAUAAAAAAAUAUGUUUCUAUUGGGUCUGCACAAUUAUGACAAACAUCAUCAAAAAAAUUUGAUUAAUUGCGCAGCCCUAAUUUCUGUCAUUAUUUACUUUAAGGGGUUUCAUACAACUGGACCCUGGGGGCGCAUUACAGAAAGAUCCUAACUUUUUGCUUCUGUAAUAUGAAUUUGUGAAAAAUCCUAACUUAACUGAUCAGAUCUUAAGUUAAGACUUAAGAUAGGAAGUUUUCUGUAAUAGGCCCCCAUAUGUUAUAUUAUAAUGGGAGUGUUCUAGUUUUGCUGCACAAUUACUGAUAGGCCUAUGCACUCAACAAACAUGUCUGCAAUUGGUAACAGUGCUCAACCACUGAAAAAAUGUAAAUACAAAAUUUGAUUUCAACAGGAGUAGAUCUAAAUGGAAUACUGUAAUUGACACUUUUCAUGACAAGUUAAUUGCAGCAGACUUAAUUGUAAUCUAAAUUAUUUUAUUUUAUUUUCAAUGAAUUGCGCAGCCCUAAUUUAUGUCAUUAUUUACUUUGAGGUUUCAUACAACUGGACCCUGGUCCCUAGAUAUGGAUCAGAUCUCUCCUUCAGUGUAAGUCUAAUGGAUUUGUUGUUGCCUGUUUUAUCAUCCAGAAAAAUCUUUAACAAACCACUCAAUUUGAGGUAUCAUUCAUAUCCGUAGCAUAAACAGUGCGGGACGGGUUACGCAGAAAUGUUUGCAGGAUGAGUUAGGCAUUUGUUCAAAUUUAGGGUAAUGCAUAAAAUGUAGGGCUGUCAAUAAAUUAAAAUUUGCAAUUGAAUUAAUGCCAUCAUAUGCUGAUUAAUCAAAUGACUCGUAAUUAUUUGCAUCAGUGUUUGCCAGGAAAGGUCCCUAAAUAAAAAUAAUCAAAUAUAUAAUGAUUCAUAUAUACUGUAUAUAUAUAGAGAGAGAGAGAGAGAGAGCUACUUAUAAAUGUAGUAAUAAACAUAAUUAUUCAGAUAAUUAAAAUAUUCAUACUAUUAUUGUGGCACAGCAGUAAAGCAUUGAUUAGGCAAAACAAGUUGCAUUAGUAUGCAAUACAUUUUUAUUUUUUAUUUUUUUUAUUUUCUCCCAAUUUGGCAUGCCCAAUUCCCAAUGUGCUCUAGGUCCUCUUGGUGGCGUAGUGACUCCCCUCAAUCCAAGUGGCGGACGACGAAUAUCAGUUGCCUCUGCGUCUGAGACCGUCAAUCCGCGCAUUUUAUCACGUGGCUUGUUGAGCGCCUUACCGCGGAGAUGUAGCACAUGUGGAGGCCCACACUAUUCUCUGCGGCAUCCCCACACAACUCACCACACGCCCCACCGAGAGCGAGAACCACACAUUAUAGCGACCGCGAGGAGGUAACCACAUGUGACUCUACCCUCCCUAGCAACCGGGCCAAUUUGGUUGCUUAGGAGACCUGGCUGGAGUCACUCAGCACACCCUGGAUUCAAACUCGUGACUCCAGGGGUGGUAGUCAACGUCAAUACUCGCUGAGCUACCCAGGCCCCCAAGAUUGCAAUAUAUUGUUAAUCACAUCAUUGAAUAAGCCUGUCAUUGGCCUACAGUCCACAGAAAUCAAUUUUGCAACUGAAUUCAUCAAUCUGUCUGAGAUAGACAUAAUAUAUGGGCUUUUCUAAGGACACAUCUUUGUGCAUGCAUCAGACGGAUGCGUUGAGAGCAUCUUACUUUGGAUGCAUCGCUAUAUAAACAGCGUUUUAAGGACGUUGUGUCAAUUUAAAUGUAGUUUGAAACUUAGAAAAACACACCUCGAGACUCCUGCAUUCACAGUUGCUCUUUGUUCAGCUGUGUUUGAAUGCAAAAUGUGUCCUCAUCUUGAGCUGUCUGCUGUGGUUUGUUGUCUGAAGAGCUGGAGUUGCACUUACUGUCCCCUGCUGAAUAAGACUCGUAAAAACAUGAAAGUAGUACUUGAAGCUUGAAUUGCUCUGAUGGUACUGUAGGAAAAUUCCUUAUCACAGUCAGGGGGAAUGAUUAAUUGCAUUUAUUUUUUCACUCGUUAUUUUUAAUACACUGUAAUUAAUCGCACUGUAUAAAUGCGUUAUAUCGACACUUUUCAAAAUGAUUAAGAACUGUGCAAAGAAUGAAAGCAACAUAAACUCCCAGCAGAAAAUCAUCAUUAAAAUAUUAUUUAUUAAUAUUGUCAAGGGGAGGGGGCAGGCUACAUCUGUGCAUAUAAAAAUCAGCAAGACUUGUUGUUUGCCAAGUUAGUUUCUUCCUCCUUCCAGAAUGUUCUGGGCACAAUGAAAACUGCUUACAGAUCAAAUGAAACUGGACUCUGUUGGAAAUGCAAGUAUUAUAUUUAAAUCUGUUGGCUUUGUGUGUAAAUUUACAGUGUAUACAAUUAGAGAAGGAAGAGUUUGCUUGCAUGUCUCUCCAAAAUAACAUGAAUGUUUCAGCAGUGAACCAAACUGAUGACUGUCUGGAAUUUUCCUGUCCAGAGAGAUCUGUUUCUUUUCCCGUCUAUGUGUUCAUUUAUGUGGCUGCAGCAGCUGUGGUUCUUCUGACCGUGUGUGGAAACCUGCUGGUCAUCAUCUCUGUUAGUCACUUCAAGCAGCUCCACACACCUGCUAAUAUCCUCAUCCUCUCUUUGGCUGUGUCUGAUUUCCUAAUUGGAGUUUUUGUGAUGCCAUUUCAUUUGAUUUGGCUGAUUGAGUCAUGUUGGAUCUCUGGACCAAUUUUCUGCUCUAUAUUCAAUUUUGUGACUUUUCAGGUGACUUGUGUUUCUGUUCACACUGUGGGUCUAAUAGCAGUUGAUCGUUUUUUUGCAUUAAGUUAUCCAUUUGUAUACUCUGAGAAAAUCUCUCCCACUGUGAUCUACAUAGCAACUUUGUUUAACUGGAUGUUUUCACUCAUUUAUAACUUCACUAUUCUUUUUAUUAAUGGAAACUUCACUGAUUUCAUGUGUCCAGGAGAAUGUCUUUAUAUCAUAGAUGAGGUGUCAUCUCUCAUUGAUCUUCUGGUUGUGUUUCUUAUUCCAUGUACGCUUAUUAUUAUAUUAUACACACAUGUGUUUUUCAUUGCUAAGAAACAUGCAACUGCUAUUAGAGCAGUUAAGGUUUAUAACACAGAAUCCUCUAAAAACAGAUUCAGUGACUCCAUGAAAUCAGAACGUAAAGCUGCAUUAGUGCUCGGCAUUCUGGUCUUUGUCUUUCUCCUGUGCUUACUGCCAUAUUAUAUUUUUUCUUUAAACAAUUAUUUAAGAGAUGACACAUUUUAUAGUGUUAUCAACAAUGUUUUGAUUCUUUUUUACCUUAAUUCCUCAAUCAAUCCACUUAUUUAUGCUUUGUUCUACCCUUGGUUUAAGAAAAGUUUCAAAUUAAUUGUAUCUUUUAAAAUAUUUUACCCAGAUUCCUCCCUGAUAAAUGUGCUCUCUGUAAGAUCUUAAUUAGGAACAAUGUGAAAUAAAUGUAUGUUUUGCUUGUUUAAACUAAAUACUUUAUAAUUAUUUUUUUCUCUUUCCUAUUGACAAUUGCCUAUUUUCCCUUAAAAAGUUUGAUACAUUUUAUCUUUAAUUGCUAAAAUUUAUAUUGUAUGGAAAAAAAAAAAAAGAAUGUACAGAUUCUAAUAAUUGUAAUUUGCAUUUAUUUUUUUUUAUUUUAUUUUUAUUUUAUUUUUGGGGGGGGGUUCUAACUUGUGAAUGGCUUAUUAUUGUCUAAUAAAUGUAUAUUUAUUGAGGUAAAGGAUGAGUAUUUUAGGUGGUCACCCUCAUGUUGGAACAGGUCAGACAAGAUGAAAUGAGCAUCCUAUGCCCUACUCACUCUGAAGGGCAGAGACCCAAAGUGGGUACUCUAAAGAGAGCCAGGCAUUACAGUCUCAUGUGUGUCUUUUUGGAACACCCCACACAAAAGUAUAUACUGCCACUUUAUCUUGAAGGGGAAUGAAAUAAUA